ACCUGCACUAUCAACAGUUCGAACCGACUGUGUGUGUUCCGCGUCCUUUGUACGACUGUGCUAAUCGUUUAUUGUAAGCGAAUGCUGCUUUUUCUGACUAAAUAGUAUUAAUUCACUGUUUUACUAUGUCACUGUUUGAAACCUUAAGGAAAGAGUACAGUCUACAUUUGUACCAAUGUUUCAAGAAAUCCGAUAUUUCCACCUUCCAGAAAAAAUGCACAGAAAUAAGUGCAAACGAGAACGACAGGAAGGCUGCUGUCGAUCAGUCUCUUCGUGAUACACUAUUAGAAAUUGCAUGGGGCAAUGUUCAAGAAUUAGAAUCUUAUAUCAGUUUCUGUAUAGAGUUAUGUAGAAAAGAUUUAGCGACUGCUAGUAUGCCUGUUAUGCUGUUGGGUGAUAUUUUUGAUACUAUGACAUUGGACCGUUGCGAACAGCUUUUCACAUUUGUGGAAAAUAAUGUAGUGGUUUGGAAAGAAGAUCUUUUCUUUAGUGCCUGCAAGAAUAAUCUGCUGAGAAUGUGCAAUGAUUUAUUGCGAAGAUUAUCUCGCUCUCAACAAACUGUCUUUUGUGGCAGAAUACUCUUGUUCCUAGCAAAAUUUUUUCCAUUUUCUGAACGUUCUGGUCUUAACAUAGUUAGCGAGUUUAAUUUGGAAAAUCACACUGAAUUUGGUACUGAGAAGUCUGAGGAAGAUGUUUUGGAUCACAUCAGUGAAGAUGACGAUAAAUUAGAAGCAAAAAUUCCCAUUGAUUACAAUCUAUACAGAAAGUUUUGGGCAUUGCAAGAUUUCUUCAGAAAUCCAAAUCAGUGUUAUAACAAAAUGCAUUGGAAAGUUUUCUCAGCGCACGCUUCAAAUGUACUCUCGGCAUUCUCAUCAUUCAAAUUGGAGGAUCAACGCAGCUGUCCUACCGCUUCUAUAAAAAUGGAUACAUCCUCCGAGGGACCUCCAAAGGAAACUCACUAUUUUGCAAAAUAUCUGACCAACCAGAAGUUACUUGAACUGCAAUUAUCGGAUUCAAAUUUUCGAAGAUACGUUCUACUACAAUUCUUGAUCCUGUUUCAAUACCUCAAUAGCACCGUGAAAUUUAAGUCCGAGACACAUGAACUAAAGCCCGAUCAGGUUGAUUGGGUAAAGGCAACGACUGAUCAAGUCUACUCGCUGCUAUCAGAAACUCCGCCGGAUGGUCCAACUUUUGCAGAAACUGUAAAGAAUAUUUUAAAACGAGAAGAACACUGGAACGCUUGGAAGAAUGAGGGUUGUCCACCCUUCAAAAAACCUGCACCAGAUUCCACGAAUGACGGGGAUGAGCCGAAGAAGCCAAAGAGACCAAGAAGAAGAAUUGGAGAUGUUAUCAGAGAUGCGCAGGCAGUAGGAAAAUAUCACAUGGGAAAUCCGGAAUUGACCAAACUUUGGAAUCUCUGUCCUAAUAACUUAGAAGCUUGCAAGUCAAAGGAUAGAGAUUUCCUUCCAUCCUUGGAAACAUACUUCGAGGAAGCUAUAGAACAGUUAGAUCCAGCUGCCAUGGUAGAAGAUGAAUACAAAAAAGUGAACGACGGUAAUUUUGGCUGGCGAGCAUUGCGUUUACUAGCAAGACGCAGUCCCCACUUUUUCGUCCACGGAAACUAUCCUAUCAACAAAUUACCAGAAUAUUUAGAAACAAUGAUAAAAAAAAUUGCCAAAGACCGACCGCAGACACAGUCAGACUCAAAGAAUGAAACAGAGGAGACUCCUCCUCCAGAGUCAAACGAUCAAGAGUACAAUGAAGAUGUGUUAAAACAAGAAUCCGAGCAAGUCGACGCAGAAAAUGCGGAGGUAAAAAUUCGAAAAUUAAAUAAAGUCACACCGGAAAUGGUGGCGAAGCUUUCGGAAGCUUUGAAGAGUGACUGGAAGAAAUUGGCUAGUAAACUUGGCUACACGAACGACGAAAUCGAGUUCUUCCAAAGUAAACCAACGCAAUACGAACAGUGUAAAAGUAUGUUAGAAAUCUGGGCAGAGGAGGACGAGGAUGCAUCCAUGGAGAAUUUGGCGUAUAUCCUUGAGGGUUUAAACUGCACCGAAGCACUGGCAAUACUAAAAUCCUAAGAUAUACUUGACACUUGCCCGAGUAACGUACCUGCUCGAGAAGACGACCACCUGUCAACGGGGACGCCAAACCGUAACGAUCGGAACUGCUGGAAUGCCAGGCGUCGCAGUAGGUGUCCAUCGCCCGAUCGCCAAGCUUGUGGGAUCCGUGCCAGGCUACUUUUUCAGGCCUGCAAUUAUUAUUUGUGAAUAUCAGUUUAUGGCGAUUUCUUCUCGCGUAUCUUUCAUUUAUAUAUAGAUAAUAGAAUACAGUAGUGCGUAACGUAAGAAA